AUGCUAGAAGAUCUACCAAAUCCAUCUUUCGCUCCGGGUAAAACCGGGCCCCGAUUAUGGGAGGAUCUACUGCAAUACUCGCCGCAAAUCAAGGGCGCAAAUAUCCUCGUGAGACAACCUCCAAAAUUCGAAGAAGGCAAAGCCUUAAGCACCCCCGGGCAUAAGCACAUGCUCUCGCAGCUCACAGAUGACUGUGUCCUCCCGCUCUCGGACGUACUAGAUAUUUCCAAGGCAUAUAACGUCGCUGCCAUCUGUGACGAGUGCCGGCUGCAUUUCGAUAUCGAAGUGAAAUUCACGAAAAACAAGAAGUACGACGAUUGUAGCAUCUGCCCAGCGGGGGAUCCACUUCACCACUUUCGAUAUGAGAUAGAACUUUCGGAGCCGGUAGAUUUCAUUAAUCAAUACCCACAAGGGAGAUGGGUGGAUAAGUUAGUCUUCAGUUGCUCGGGACCAACAUGCCCGACUAUUGUUACAAUCACGACGAAAGCUCCAAUCUUGAGUCCAGAGUUGACGUCUUUGCUUGUCGAUCCAGAGACUUUGAGAGCACGAAUGAAGAAUGCUCAAGAAAGCUUUCCAUAUUUGUUCGCCGAAGAAAGCGAGAUCGCGCCGACCCAGCCAUAUGUUGCACUUGGGACAUUGCUCACGUAUAUCAAAAAUGCAAAGCAGAGAGAUCAGAGGCCUAUACCCUCACAGAACCUGAGGUUUGUGACGAGCAUUGGGAGGGACGCAGCAGUGCUGCUGAAGCUAGCCGGGUUUACGAGCAGCGAGGAGGGUGAAACCUGGAAACCGCCAAGUUUGGAGAUGUUGGAUAAUCCAGAGUCAGGUGUUUUUAAAAACAUGCAGGAUAUGCUAGAAGAGAUUAUGAUUCUUAUGGAUCAGCGCAAGCCUGAUCAUGAUUACACCAAGCGUAACAGGCCUCAUCUCAGAAUUCUUAGGAUCAAAGAGCUAAUGACAAGAUUUGAAGCGAAUGUACGCCAGCAAAUUGUACGAGCAAAUAAAGAAAUAAAAAGGCUUUUUGGAAACGAGAAAUACCCUUGCACUUCUAGUAAUUGGACUAUAGACCUUACCAUCCCCGAACACCCAUAUUAUGCAGGCAUUGGAGCAGUAGGAGAUUUCGCAGAUCCUCUAGUUUUCUGGGCAUUCGAACGACAGAGCGCAUGCGAUCCUGAUAAUAAACCUUACUAUUUUCAAUGUCUUGAAAACAUUGCUGCAGGGCGUCAUAGCGAAAUGCUGAAUAUCGAAGUUGCCAAGGCACGCUCCGAAGGAGCCUAUACUCUCGUCGAAUUAUCAGCAAGUUACGAAUAUUUUGGUGUUGACCCAGGUAAAUAUAAUAGCGAUGAGGCAUUUAUUAUCGGGUCGUUUGAAAGUCGUGUGAGAGAUGCUCCAGUACAUGAGCAUCAAGCAAGAGCCAACUUAAGAAUCAUUGGACAUGCGUUAAAGAGCCAGAGGAUAUUAAAUGCGUCAGAUAAAGUAUCAAUUCGGGAUAUCAAUACUGCCUAUGACUGGCUUAACGUCACGUCAGCAACGCCAGACGACUUCAUUUUGUCGGCGUACAAAGUCAGAAUUGGUGAUAAUGCAGUGGAUGAGAGUACGGGAAGGGAGGCGCUGAAAAUCAUCGCGGAAGCUCGGCAGAGCCAUGUCCUGCUCACGUUUCUUGAGACAGGCACAAUUGAAACUCCUAUGGAAACUGGCGCCGCGUACGCUCGGUUGGGAACCGACGAUAGAUCGAUUCCCGAUGAUCUGGUCAUAUCAGUCUUCAAUUUCAGGCUGCAAGAUGAUCCAAAGCGUAUGCAAGAAUUGAGAGCAGCUCUCAAAGCUAUUGCGAGUAGUCGUGAUAGUGCCAAAAUCAAGAACUUCUUGGAAACAGGGCAGUCUGAUCAGCCUAUCAUGGGCUCUGCUGACUCACCGGUUGGUAUCGAAAAUAUCGGAAAUACAUGUUACCUGAAUAGCCUGUUACAAUUCUAUUUUACCGUCAGGCCUCUACGAGACAUGAUUCUAGAUAUCGAUAACUUCCAAGAGAUGGAAAUCACCGAUGAAGUGAUUGAACGGAAACGAGUUGGUGGAAGGAAAGUCACUGCACAGGAGGUUGAGAGAGCGAAGAGAUUUGUUCGCUGCCUUCGUACCCUAUAUCAGAAUCUAAUCGUAUCCGCACAAUCAUCUGUCACCCCGGAACGCGAGUUGGCUUAUCUAGCGCUUGUGAGCUCUAAAGAUGAGGCCGAGGACGAGGUGAGACGUGGGUCAAUGACUGCCAUGGGCCCGGCGCUACCUCUCAUCAACGUUACUGAUGAAAGUGAUAAAAUGGAAAUUGAUCAAAAAUCAAUGUCUACUCCGGAAGCCACUGGUGAUGAUGACGCCAGUGAAGCCACUUUGGUUAACGAUGACCCCCCACCUCCCUAUUCUGGCCCCAAUGAAGAAGAUUAUGUUAUGGUAAAUAUGGACAUCAAGCCAACCCAUAUGGAUAAUAAGGAGAACUACUCGCCAAGAACACAAGGCCCCUUUGGAUUUGUUGGCCCUCUAAGGCCUCCUCUCCAGGGGGUAGAUCUCAACGAAGGAUCUAGUGGGUUUCAAAAAGGGAAAGAAGUUGAGGCGCCAUUAACCCCACCACCGGAGGUGCCAAAUAGGCCGCCGCCGCCGAUUCCACCGCGGCCAAAACGGGAGGACUCUUCCAAAGUGGAUAUGAUGAUGUUCGGGAAACAACAGGAUGUCACAGAAUGCAUUGGGAAUGUACUUUUCCAACUUGAGGCGGCAAUUAAGCCCGAGGAGAUUGAUGAGAAUGGGGAACAAAUUGACAUUGUUAAGCGCCUCUUUUAUGGAAAAACAAAACAGACGUUGACCUUCCCAAACUCUGCCGAAACACGUAUUAAAGAGGAGUUAUUUUCGCAUUUGCUGGUUAACGUUGCUGAGGGUGAUAGAGAUAUUUACUCGGCUCUUGACAGUAGUUUUGAUAUCGAACAAGUUGAUCUUGAGGGUCGUGAGGCUAGGCGCUACCUUUCAAUUAGCCACCUCCCACCCAUUCUUCAGAUUCAAGUUCAGAGAGUUCAGUUUGACCGAGCGAGAUCUGCAGCAUAUAAAUCAAAUUCGCACCUGAAGUUUGACGAGACAAUCUACCUGGACAGAUAUAUCGAUACAGAUAACCAGGACCUCAAGGAGAGGCGCGAGAAGUCUUGGCAAUGGAAGGAGGAAUUGAAAAUUCUGGAGAGACGGAAAGUUUCGAUGACGAAAACACAGGCCGGUGUUAAGUUAUCGGAGGCUCUAGACCUUACGAGGGAAUGGCUUUCUGGGAUUGAUAGCACAGAGGAUGACAUGGAGAUAAAUCCCACUGUUUUGGCUGAGCUUGAGGAGAGAUCAAAAGCAAUGAGAAGAGAACUUGAGGUCUUGGAACAAGAUAUCAAAGACCGCGAAUCUCGUAUCAAUUCGCAGUUCACGGACAUGCGUAAACAUGGUUACCGUAUCCACUCCGUAUUCAUCCACCGCGGUUCGGCCACUUUCGGCCACUACUGGAUCUAUAUUUACGACUAUCAAAAAAAGGUUUUCCGCAAGUAUAACGAUGGAUAUGUUACAGAAGUUAGUAAUGUAUCAGAGGUAUUUACGCACGAUAGCAAUAAUAAUCCGCCAACUCCAUAUUUUCUCGUCUUUGUGAAAGAAGAGGAGUGUACAACCCUUAUGGAGGCAGUCAGACGGGAAAUUAUUAUGGGAUGA